AGUCAGUGGCCCGACUAUUACCCGAAGAGUUGAAUGAAAUCACGGGAUGGAGAGACGCUUGACUCGCACGCUCGCUCCCGGGGAUGUCAUCGAGUUUGCAAAGGAAAUGUCCACCUGCUUGCUUCCCCGAGGGAGCGAGCUGCUGGAAAGAAUGCGUAACCGGAAACAUCGGCGUCAUCGAUCGAGAGCUCAAUCCCAGCACAAUGUCCACUGGGACCAAUGGCUUCGGCUGCUACGAGCGCAGCGUGGUAUGCAGGCUGGACGUGGGGCAGAAGGGGCGUGCUCAGUGCGGCGUAAUGCGUGGAAAGUGGGUCAACGUACUGCAUUGUACUUGUAGCCGAUACCUUGAUGGAAGAACAGUCGCGAUACUCCUGCUUGGGCAGCAUUGAAUAGGUAGUCCGUGGUCCAGA